UACUGCUGCUACUAGUUGGGCUGGACUUGAGCUGGACUUGAGCUGGACUUGAGCUGGACUAUUUUUGUGCGGGCGGAUGCAGAAACGUAGCGCACGAAUGGUGUGCUAUCAGUCAGCAUGCAGGGCUGGCGUUCAGGCUGAAUUUGGCAACAAGGACAAGGACAAGGACCACUUGGGACUGGCUCCGCGCAUAGACGCGGGCUCGGGGUGUGGUGUUGGGCGCAGUACAGGACAGCACCUGCGUCUUGUCCACUGCCGCGGCACAAGGACAAGACUGAAGUAAUUGUGAUUCGACCGCCAAUAGCUAGCUAGACGUCGACAUAGGAGAUCAUCGCUAACGAUUUCCACUGCUCUCUCCCCGCUUCCUCCAGCUUCUCUUUGCAUCACCAGUCCGAGCCCUACGCCGACGUUGGUUUCGUCCUGCCAGCAUGCUCGCUCCCAGCACACAUGCCAAUGCCCUGCGAGUCAAUGGCCACAAGGAAGAAGGUUCUGCUUCAUCAGUGUCAGCGAAGGCAGAGAUGGUCCCUCCAAAGUCCUCACCCCACGGCACAAGCUUCGCGACGCAAGGAGACGCGCCACCUUCAGGCAACACGAGGGUCGCUACCGCGCGCGACCCAAUGAUCGUUGGGGCUUCAGAAGGAAGCAGACAGACUGUGCUGCGCAGAAGAGGCCAGAGUGACCUUCCAGACGAGGUUGAAGAAGGCGAGGAAGAGAUCUCUACGGAGUCGGAUGACGAUGUCCUCAAUGCAGGUAAACGCAAAACGAGUACGAGGCCACGCGCGCGCACACAGACAUCCGAGUUGGCUGCAUUCUUGUUGGCUACAGGACCGGAUGACGCGCCAGGUCUUCCCAAGGCCAUGCGGCAAGGACGCAGCGGCAGCAUCAGCGAUGGCGUAUCAGUCGCCACGGGUUCUUCCAAGAAGAGCACCUUUUCGUUCAGCCAGCUUCGCAAGAAGUCGAGCAAGGCCCUUGGCAGGAACAAAAAGAGCGAAAGUGGCCCUAGAGAAGUACAAGACACAUCCUCUGCCGAAGCAGAGGCGGCGAGGCGACGUCUGGAUGCCGACAUCAACAUGCCAAAGGGCACCGUCAAGAAGAUUCUGCCGAACGGGAGAAGCUAUUAUAGCCUGGGGGUGGAAGAAUACGAAAAGGAGCAUGCAAAGACGAUGAGCCAAGAAUCAAGCAGCUUUUUGAGCAAGACUAGCGAUGGAAGCUUGCUGCGACGCUCGGCGAGGCAGAAGAGCAUCGGCAACAGCAGCGUGGUUGAGUCCUUCUUCAGUAGCAACAGCGGUGCAACCUCCAAGGCCGUCGCUCGUGCUGAAGCUAGCCCUCUCAAGAAGGCCAAAUCAAUUGAGAGCAUCAGGAGCACGCCACCCAACAGGGAGUCGCCGCCGCCCCUCCCCACUCCUCCUCCAUCUGACAGCAUGCACAAGAGCCCGAUGACGACUUCGUUGCUUGCCUCUCGCUUCGAGGGUCCCCCUACUCGCCCACCACGAAGAGAGUCCUCGGUGGCGCUUCAGGACCAGCAGCAACAAGCGGGCGUGAGGGAACAUCGACAAUCAUCAUUGCCCUCUGGCCUUGUCUCCUCUUCUCCUACGCCCGCAUCAAGAGGCAACAAUAGCACCUCGAUCAGCAGUCAAGGAUUUGGAUCCGAGGCAAACCUACCCCACACAAACUCUUUCACAGGCUCGUUGCGCAGCAUCGGCAGUGUGCGGCCGUCGUCGAGCCCCAAAUCGCCGGUGCGUAUUGCGAGGAAGCCUGUGGAUCGCUCGAUUGUUGCACCGUCGCCUGCCGCUCCGAGCCCACUGGUGCAGCUCACUGCCUCUUCUGUGGCACCGCCUUUGAUCGAGCGCAGCGAUGGAGACCACCCUGCUUCUCAAGAAUUCGCGCCAGUACCUCAACGAAGUGGUCCAUUGGCCGAGGUGCUGCCUCCAUCGUCCAUGGAUGCCGCGAACAAGACGGCACCGGUCGAGGCACUUGUCGACAGCGCCUCGCCACAGCGGCCACAGCAGGCGAAGGACGAUUAUUCUGACACCCCGUCGAUGAGUCCUCGUUUCGGUGCACUGGAUGCGCCGGAGCUUCGAAAGGACGAGGACAAGGAGGCGAUGGACGAGCAGACCAGCGUUUCUUCGAUCCCAGACCUGACAACGGAUUCGCACACAAGAGUCAAGUCGCCUUCCAGACGGCAGCUCAACGAGGCCGGUGUGCUGGACAACAAAGUAGAGCCUCACUUUACCUCUGUCCAACCGGAAGGACAAGACAGAGAGAAAAGAUCCGAGUCAGCAAAGCAAGAGGUGUUGCUUGUGACGGUCGAUGAGAGAGAACUGAGGAAGAUGAAGAAACGCCCCAACGGAGUCUCGAGACGACUCGAUUGCCGCAAAGAAACGCAACAGCUCCUCUCAAAGAGGCGUGCCGGAUGUGGGAAGCGAGGAUGUUGCGGUUGUCAGACCGACGAAUGCUGCACCAUCCGACAGUGAAGCCUCACCCAGAGGCAUGCCAACCGAUCCGAGGUCGAGGACACCUGUUAGUGAAGUGCUAUACACAAACGACGACAAUUUCGCCAGAGCCCAGGCGGAGAGGAGGAGAAACAGAGAGCAAGCGCAUGUCCAGCUCAUAAAUUCGGCAUUGCCCGUCUCUGCGAGCUCGAGCCCUUCAAAGCGAGGAAAGGAUUACAGCCACGAUGACGAGCUCAAGGGUGAGGGAACUAAGGAGGUUGUGGCCGUGGAUGGU